CAAGUGUUGACUGUUGACUGAAGAGUUCUUACUGGACCAAAUGGUAGUCUUAUGAGUGCUACUUUGGAAUUAAUGAUUUGUUGAAAGUAUUAUUUCUCAUAAAAAUCUAGUCUUUCUAUCGUAUAUAUACCACAAAUAAAACAUGUCGGAAAGAAAAGUAUUGAAUAAAUACUAUCCUCCUGAUUUCGAUCCGUCGAAGAUUCCUCGCAUGAAAUUGGCCAAAAAUCGCCAAUAUACAGUCCGUCUUAUGGCCCCAUUCAACAUGCGAUGUGCCACUUGUGGGGAGUACAUAUAUAAAGGAAAAAAAUUCAACGCUCGUAAGGAGGAUGUUGAAAAUGAAGAUUACUUGGGUAUACGAAUAUAUAGGUUUUAUAUUAAGUGCACAAGGUGUCUUCAAGAGAUUUCAUUUAAAACUGACCCUAAGAAUACAGAUUAUGAAAUAGAAGCUGGUGCUACUAGAAAUUUCAUGGCUCUGAAAUUAGCGGAAGAGCAAGCUAAGCGAGAGGAAGAAGAACAGAAGGAGGAGGAAGCUAAUAAUCCUAUGAAACUUUUAGAAUACAGAACUGAGCAAUCGAGACAAGAAAUUGAGUUGUUGGAGAGCCUAGAAGAAUUAAAAGAGUUGAAUCGGCGACAGAGGACUGUUGAUUAUGAAGGAAUGUUGAAACAAUAUCAGCCAGAGACUACGGAACAGAGAAAAGCUAGAGAGGAACAGGAAGACAAUGAUUUUAUAAAAUCCGUCAAAUUCACCAACACAAAACCGAAACUAGUUGCAGAAGAAAUAAUCGAAGACGUGGAAGAACCGGCAGCAAAACAUAUAAAGAUGGAAGACCCGUUGCCAAAGCCUCAAGCAAAAACAGAAUCUUGGAACAGGAGUAUAGGAGUUAUUUCAAAGAAAAAUCCCUUAGCAAAUCUCGUGAGAAGUAAGAAGGCAGAUGCGAGAGAAGCAAAUGCCACGGCUUCGAGCAGUGAAAAGGCGCCACAGAGUAAACCUUCCGGUCUGUCCUUGUUGGCUGAUUACUCUGGGAGUGAUAGCGAUACAUAGUCACGUUUUACGAACAAUUAAUACAACACAAACAAUGUGUGUCUGUGUGUUCUUUUGAACACAUGGGGCUAAUCGGCUACUCGCUGCUCUGCUGAGGUGAAACGAUUGGUGUCUUUCAAGCCCAAGCUCGUCCUGUCUUGACAGCCGUGUAUUAAAGCAUUUGAUUUGUACAAUAAAUAAUUUAUUAAGUA